AUGUCUGUACCUCUCUCCUUGGACGAAGAAGUGCGCCUCUACACCACCAAUGCUGAGCGCGAGAAAUAUGAAUCUCUCGCUACUUUAUACGGCAUCAUUGUAGCACUCGACUACCUGGAGCGCGCAUAUGUUCGCGAUUCCGUAACUGCUGCCGAGUAUUCUCCUGCAUGCACGCGGCUGCUAUCUCAGUAUAAGACAAUGCUGAAGCUAGUCGCCGACGACGUAACGAGUAUCGAACAAUUCAUGGCUCGGUAUCGGAUGGACCAUCCAGCUGCUCUGCAUCGGCUUCAGGUCGGUGUUCCUGCGACAGUCGAGCAUUCAAGUGAAGCUGGGCCGGAAACGGGCAAAUGGGUAGCGGAAACCACGCAGAGCUUCAUCACGUUCAUGGACGCUCUUAAGCUCCGCUUGCGUGCCAAAGACCAACUUCACCCAAUUCUUCAGGAAUUAGUGACAGGGUAUGCGCGAUUCAAGGGCAGUAAGGACUGGGAAGGACGCAGUAAGAUGGUGGGCUGGCUGAUCACAUUGAACGGCAUGAAAGCAUCCGAAGAGAUUACAGAGGAGCAAUCUCGUCAGCUGUUAUUUGAUGUCGACCAUGCCUAUGCAGAGUUCUUCAGGAGUCUUAGUGGUAAAGAUGAAUCAUAA